CAGGACCCUUGGGCUCUGCUUGCUCACUGCUGGGUAUUGCCACUCUCAGGGACAAUGAGAAGUUGGCUCUGGGGGGAUUCUGUUGCAAGAGACCUGAAGUCUGAGCCGAUGUGCUCUGGAGACUAGAGGGGCCUAGGAGGCAGGUGAGGGACUGGCCAGGGCAGUAGGAGCGGCUGCCGGCUGUGCCGCUGCGGGAUGCGCUCUCUGCAAAGGCAGACCCUGGGGCAGUUCCCCAGGAGGGAGGGAAGAAGGGUCAGUGUCUCCUGCUUGGAUGUGGCUCAGGUCCAAUAGGGCAUGGGUCAUUGCUGCCAUGCCCCUGGCCCUGUCCCAGCCAGGCCCCUCUCCCACAGGAAGACUGAGUCUCCUGCUGGCACAAGCUGCUCUUGGCUGCAGGGCACCCUCUGGCUGGACCUAGGCUCCCUGGGGCCGGGCUCCCCAGCCCCCCUCUCCAGGCAGCCCACUUCCGCAAUUUCUGCGCCUCGGAGGCACAGGCAGCCGCGCUUCCAGUGACACAGAGCACUUAGAUCCUUCCUCUUCUGCUGAGAGGCCUCCUGGGGACAGCCUCGCUCCUCAGCGACUUGACCCACCUCCUCCAGAGGAGAGCGGCUGGGGGCAGCAGGCUCAUGCUGAGUCUGGAGGCUCUGACACCAGCCCAGGGAGCGGGCUCUCACCUCUGAGCCUCAAACAUGCAGAGGAAACAGCCUCACUUCGCGCUUGAGGAGGCGGGCUCAGAGAGGUUGAGUAAUUUGGGCAAUGUCACACAGCUGAUGAGUGACAAAGCUGUGAUUCGCGCCCCCACCCAGAUGAGUCCAGGGCCAGCUCUUCCCUCUCCCAGCUGUCCCCGGAGGCCGUCCACCUCCUCCCUGAGCCACGUGGCGGGUGACCUCACCCCCCCUCAGAGCCCAGCCCAGGUCCUCCACACUGAUUUGGGGCAGGGUUCAGGAGCCCACAGCCUGUGGGGGGAGGGCACCAAGGGCCUAAGCCAACCCCUCAAAUCUGAGAUCAGUUCAUCGGGGCCAGCGAGUCCUCUCCGUCCUCCUCGGGCCACGCCAGGUCACCCUGGGGGUUGUGCUGCCCUCAGCACCCCGUGGGGGCCUCCCAUGGCCACACUAAGGCCAAGGGUUUCAGCCUCAGCGAUUCGGACCCUGAGAGCCGUGCGUCUCAGCACACAUGCGCCGUCUUUGCAGGAGGCGUGUGCGUCUGCCAGGGGGCUGCGCUGUGGGCAUGUCACAGGCACCAUCUCCUCACCCAGGCCCCCCGCUUGUCCCCACAGCCAGCCUGUCCCAGGGGCAGGGCAGCUGGCCCUGGGGGCCACCUGUGUUCUGGGUGUGAACACGCCUGCCCAGCAGCAGCCUUUGACCACCAAUGCCUGUGGUUAGAGUUGGGCAGAAAACCCUGACCCCUCACCCCCAGCCAGAGGCAGGUCCCCAAGGCCUUGCUUCCUGGAAUCCAGGCAAGAAAGCUUCACCCUGAGGAAGGACCCUGUCCCGGCCACCAAAGGCUUCCCCUUCCGGGACCAGGACAGGUGUGGCCACCCCCAGCCGGGCCCUCUCUGCUGCCUCGCCCCACGCCCAGUCUUAUAAAUAGGAGGCUGCCUGGCCAGCAUUGGGCCAUAGCCCGCUUUGUCACCUGCUGAAACCACCACCAGCACCGCCACUGUCACAGCCGCCCAGCACUGGAGGAUGGAGGAGCCUGCACAGGGAGGCUCCAGCCUCAAGGUACCUGGGGCGCCUGACGUGGGCUCCCCCGCCCGGGCUGGCAGUCAGGGCCAGGCCUCCCCAGCCCGAAGGGGAGGGGCUGUGUCCAUCUGGCCCGGGAGCACAGGCACACCCGGGGCAAGGGCACGGCUCCCGGACAGCCUUGGUCAGCCGCCCCCACUGACAGAGGGCAGACCGUGUGAGAGAGAAGCGCGUGUCGAGUGUGUGCCUGCGCAGUGUGAUGGGGCCAUGCUCCUGCUCCUGCCCUGGGGGCAUCAGGCUGGAGCCUCAGCCCAAGCAGCUGGCGGGGGGCCUGGGGCCGGAAGGUGCCCCCAGCCACUGCCACUGCCACCGUCAGAGGAGGAACGCAGGGAGGGGCUUGUGGAGCUGCACACGUCCUUCAGGGAGCUGGUCACCUUCUUCUGCACCAACGCCACCAUCCACGGCACCAUCCGCCUCGUCUGCUCCAGCCAGAACCGCCUCAAGACUGCGACCUGGGCACUGCUGCUCGCGGGCGCUCUGAGUGCGCUCUACUGGCAGUUCGGGCUCCUCUUCCAGCAGUACUGGCGCUACCCAGUGGUCAUGGCGGUGUCAGUGCACUCGGAGCGAAAGCUCUUCCCAUCGGUCACCCUGUGUGACAUGAACCCACAUCGACCGCGGCCGGCCCGCCGCCAUCUGCGGGCGCUGGACGACUUUGCCCGGGAGAACAUCUACUCCCUUUAUGGGUUCAACUUCACCGAGAGCGAGGAGGACCCCGGCGCCGAGGCCCUGGGCUCCGAGCCUGCCUUCCAGCUGGACCGCGGGAUCCGCCUUCAGAGACUGAGCCCCCUCGGCGGCCAGAACAGGGUGGGCUUCCGACUGUGUAACCGCACCGGCGGCGACUGCGUGCACCGAGCCUACUCCUCCGGCGUGACGGCCGCGCAGGAGUGGUACCGCUUCCACUACGUGAACAUCCUGGCCCUGCUGCCCAACGCCCCUGAGGACAGCCACCGCAGCCACGGCGGUCACUUGGUCUCCUCCUGCCGCUACGACGGCCAGGACUGCCAGGCCGGGCACUUCCAGACGUCCCACCACCCCACCUACGGCAGCUGCUACACCUUCCACGGUAUCUGGGCCGCGCAGCACCCAGGCAUCACCCACGGGAUCAGCCUGGUCCUCAGGGCUGAGCUGCAGGACCACCUCCCUCUACUGUUCACGGAGGCCGGGAUCAAGGUGCUGAUCCACAGGCAUGACCAGACACCCUUCCUGGAGCACCAGGGCUUCAGUAUCCGGCCGGGGACAGAGACCACCAUUGGCAUCCGAGAGGACGAGGUGCACCGGCUUGGGAGCCCCUAUGGGCACUGCACCCACAGCGCAGGCAGCGUGGACGUGCGUCUGCUGUACAAGGCCUCCUACACCAAGCAGGCCUGCCUGGUCUCCUGCUUCCAACAGCUGAUGGUGGACACCUGCUCCUGCGGCUACUACCUCUACCCCCUGCCGGCAGGGGCUGAGUACUGCAGCUACACGCGGCACCCGGCCUGGGGCCACUGCUUCUACCGCCUCUAUCAGGACCUGGAGACCCACCGGCUUCCCUGCACCUCUCGCUGCCCCAGGCCUUGCAGGGAGUCCACCUACAAGCUCACUGCCGGGGUCUCCAGGUGGCCUUCCUCCAAGUCAGCCGACUGGAUCCCGGCUGUGCUGGACAGGCCAGGUGGCCGCCAGAGCCCCAGCCCCAGGAGCAGACUUGCCAAGGUGAACAUCUUCUACCGGGAGCUCAACUACCGCACGGUGGACGAGAUGCCUGUUUACUCGGUGCCACAGCUGCUCUCGGCCAUGGGCAGCCUCUGGAGCCUGUGGUUCGGUUCCUCCGUCCUCUCCGUCCUGGAGGUGCUGGAGCUGCUGCUAGAUGCCAUGGUCCUCACCCUGCUGCUGUGCUGCCGCCAGCUCCACAGGGCUCGGGGCCAGCUGGGUGCAGCACCAGGGGAGCCCACUCCAAGCCAGAGACCAACCUGUUGCCCGGCAGCUGCAGGCAUGACAUCAAAUGCCCGAGGGCCUAGCUGGCCCCGCUUCCCGUGACGCUGCUGGGGCCCCCCACAGAAACCUCACCUAGAGUUCAGCCAAGCUGAACUGGGGGCCCACAACGCCUGACACCUGAGCCGGGACGAAACGGGUCUGAUCCGGAGUGCCGUGGCAGCAGUGGGCUCUCCGGGCUGUCCCAGGUGGCCAGCCCCAGGGGACCUCCCCCGGCCAGCCAAGCCAAGCCCAGGACCCAGGAAGUAGCAGUUCAGGAGCCCGAGGGCAGGCAGGCACCUGGACCCCCAGCACAUCGGGGCCUCUCUUUAGCCCAGCCACCCUGCCCAGUGGCGGCCCCACAGGUCUUCAGGAGGCCCAGGGCAGGGAGGAAGUGCCUCCACCACACCCGGGUCCCGCGCUCCAGGCGAGACAGAACAUCUGCCACGAGUAUGAGUGUAUGGCAUGCGCGCAGGGGGUGGGGAGGCCCCCACGUGGCAGUGUGUCUGUGUCUGGUGUCAGUGUCACACAUCUGUCUACACCUAUGUGCAAGUGUGCACAAGCAUCAGGCCGUGGGAGGAAGGGAAGAGCAGGGCUGGGCAACCGGUGACCUUGGGCUGCUCUGCAAUAAAAUGUGUGAUUCCA